GCUGACAGACUGUUAUCCUACGUCAACAUGGCUGAUGAAACGGCCAAAGCCCAGGUUGCCCAGCCGGGCGGAGACACGAUAUUUGGAAAAAUCAUACGCAAAGAGAUACCUGCCAAAAUAAUCUACGAAGAUGACCAGAGUGUUGCCUUCCAUGAUGUUUCUCCUCAAGCUCCCACUCACAUCCUUGUUGUCCCAAAAAAGCCCAUUAUUCAACUGUCAAAGGCGGAGGAUAGUGAUGCUGCAUUGUUGGGCCACUUGAUGAUAGUUGCAAAGAAGUGUGCUCAGGACGCGGGCCUGACUAAAGGCUACAGGAUUGUCGUGAAUGAUGGACCGGAUGGAGGCCAGUCGGUCUACCACAUCCACAUCCACGUCCUGGGAGGACGCACGAUGAACUGGCCCCCCGGCUAACGUCGGUCUCCCAUCGCAUACCACUCUGCCAUCAUUGGUCAUGUGCAUUGUCUGUCUGACAACCAGUAAUGCUAAAUUCAGUCUGUUUGUCAUG